GAGUGGGUGAAGAGGCAGCGGAUCAGUGCUCUGGUUUUCUUCGUUUCAGUCAAAACAUAUGAAACCGCGGCAUUAAAGUGCACGCGAAAAUAACUAUUCCCCAGUCAUCCACGCAUAUUUGUCUUACUUUGGACUGCAAUCAUGACGUCCAUACACUUUGUGGUUCAUCCAUUGCCUGGGACCGAGGACCAGCUCAAUGACAGGUUGCGGGAGGUCUCGGAGAAGCUCAACAAGUACAACUACAACAGUCACCCUCCACUCAAUGUAUUGGAGCAGGCCACUAUUAAACACUGUGUGGUGGGACCAAACCAUGCUGCUUUUCUCCUGGAGGACGGCCGCGUCUGCCGGAUUGGUUUCGCUGUGCAGCCUGACAGACUGGAGCUGGGCAAACCGGACGUCAGCGACGGUUCAAAGUUGAGCAGUGGGUCAGGGACAGGAAGGACCCCCAGGCCAGGCAGGACUAGUGAUCCGCCCUGGUUCCUGUCUGGGUCUGACACACUGGGCAGACUGGCAGGCAACACCCUUGGCAGCCGCUGGAGCUCCGGGGUGAACGGCGGAGCUGCGGGAGGGGGCAGUGGCGGAGGUGGAGGCGGAGCCGGCGGAGGAGGAGGAGGUGGAGGAGGAGGAGGAGGAGGGGGAGGUGGAGGCGGGGGCUCCUCCGGCAGGUCCUCGGCGGCGGCGCGGGACUCCCGGAGGCAGACGCGGGUGAUCCGCACGGGCAGGGAGCGCGGCUCAGGCCUCCUGGGGAGCCAGCCCCAGCCCGUCAUCCCGGCCUCCGUCAUCCCCGAGGAGCUCAUCUCCCAGGCCCAGGUGGUCCUUCAGGGCAAGUCCAGGAGCGUCAUCAUCCGGGAGCUCCAGCGCACCAACUUGGACGUCAACCUGGCCGUCAACAACCUGCUAAGCAGGGACGACGAGGACGGGGACGACGGGGACGACACCGCCAGCGAGUCCUACUUGCCUGGAGAGGACCUAAUGUCCCUGCUGGAUGCGGACAUCCACUCGGCCCACCCCAGCGUCAUCAUCGACGCCGACGCCAUGUUCUCCGAGGACAUCAGCUACUUCGGAUACCCCUCGUUCCGGCGCUCCUCACUGUCCCGGCUCGGCUCCUCACGAGUUCUCCUUCUCCCCCUAGAGCGCGACUCGGAGCUGUUGCGCGAGCGUGAGUCUGUGUUGAGGUUGCGUGAGCGGCGCUGGCUCGACGGGGCCUCGUUUGACGCCGAGCGCGGCUCCACCAGCAGGGACGGCGAGCCCGGGCUGGACAGGAAGAGCGUCCCCACCCAGAGCCCCGUGUCCCUGGGAGAGGACCUCCAGUGGUGGCCCGAUAAGGACGGCACUAAGUUUGUGAGCAUCGGGGCUCUGUACUCAGAGCUGGUGGCGGUCAGCACCAAAGGAGAGCUGUACCAGUGGAAGUGGACCGAACCGGAACCGUACAGGAACACACAGAACCCCGCUGUGCACCACCCGCGGGCCGCCUUCCUGGGCCUGACCAAUGAGAAGAUUACCCUCCUGUCCGCCAACAGCAUCAGAGCCACCGUCGCCACGGAGUCCAACAAGGUGGCGACGUGGGUGGAUGACACUCUGAGCUCAGUGGCCUCGAAGCUGGAGCACUCGGCGCAGGCCUUCCCGGAGCUGCAGGGGGAGCGCAUCGUGUCCCUGCACUGCUGCGCCCUCUACACUUGCGCCCAGCUUGACACCUGCCUCUACUGGUGGGGUGUAGUGCCUUUCAGCCAACGCAAAAAGAUGCUGGAGAAGGCAAGAGCCAAGAACAAGAAGCCAAAGUCCAGCGCCGGCAUCUCGUCCAUCCCCAACAUCACCGUGGGAACGCAGGUGUGUCUGAGGAACAACCCCCUGUACCACGCGGGGGCGGUGGCCUUCUCGGUCAGCACGGGCGUGCCCAAGGUGGGCGUGCUCCUGGAGUCGGUGUGGAACAUGAACGACAGCUGCAGGUUCCAGCUGCGCUCCCCGGAGAGCCUCAAGAGCCUGGAGAAGAGUGGCAAGACCCAGGAAGCCAAGACAGAGAGCAAGCCGGAGUCGGUGAAGACCGAAAUGGGCCCGCCCCCUUCCCCAGCCUCCACCUGCAGUGACACGUCGUCCAUCGCCAGCAGCGCCUCUCUCCCCUACAAGCGACGGCGCUCCACCCCCGCCCCCAAAGAGGAGGAGAAAGUAAACGAGGAGCAGUGGCCUCUUAGAGAAGUGGUUUUUGUGGAGGAUGUAAAAAAUGUCCCUGUAGGCAAGGUGCUAAAAGUCGAUGGUGCAUAUGUUGCUGUGAAAUUUCCAGGGACGUCGAGCAGCGUGAGCAGCCAGAGCGCAGCUCCCUCUGACUCUGACCCCUCCUCACUGCUGCAGGACUGUAGGCUCCUCAGAAUCGAUGAGCUGCAGGUAGUUAAAACUGGUGGAACUCCAAAAGUUCCAGAUUGCUUCCAGCGCACACCUAAAAAAUUAUGUAUACCUGAAAAAGCUGAAAUAUUGGCUGUCAAUGUUGACUCCAAAGGAGUCCAUGCUGUCCUGAAGACAGGCAGCUGGGUGAGAUACUGUAUCUUUGACCUGGCCACUGGGAAGGCCGAGCAGGAGAAUAACUUUCCCACCAGCAGCCUGGCCUUUCUGGGCCAGAAUGAGCGCAAUGUGGCCAUCUUCACUGCAGGGCAGGAAUCCCCCAUAGUCCUGAGGGACGGAAAUGGUACAAUUUACCCCCUGGCCAAAGACUGUAUGGGCGGGAUACGGGACCCGGACUGGUUAGAUUUGCCCCCCAUUUCCAGCCUGGGGGUGGGGGUUCACUCCCUCUCCAGCCUUCCCGCCAACUCCACCGUCAAGAAGAAGGCAGCCGUCAUCAUCAUGGCUGUGGAAAAGCAGACGCUGAUGCAGCAGGUGCUGCGCUGCGAUUACGAGGCGUGCCGGCUCUACCUGGCCAACCUGGAGCAGGCCGUGCUGCUGGAGCAGAGCCCCCACGCGCUGGCCGCCCUGCUGGGCCACCGCUGCGACGGCAACCGCAACAUCCUGCACGCCUGCGUCUCCGUCUGCUUCCCCGUCAGCAACAAGGAGACCAAGGAGGAGGAGGAAGCUGAGCGGUCUGAGAGGAACACGUUCGCGGAGAGGCUGUCGGCGGUGGAGGCCAUCGCCAACGCCAUCUCCGUGGUCUCCAGCAACAGCUCCGGCAACCGGACCGGCUCCUCCAGCAGCAGGGGCUUGCGGCUGCGCGAGAUGAUGAGGCGGUCCCUGAGGGCCGCCGGAUUGGGCCGCCACGAGUCAGGCCCCUCCUCCAGCGACCACCAGGACCCCGUGUCCCCGCCCAUCGCCCCGCCCAGCUGGGUGCCCGACCCCCCGCCCAUGGAUCCAGAUGGUGAUAUUGAUUUCAUUCUGGCCCCCGCUGUGGGCUCGCUCACCACCGCCCCACCCGGCACCGGUCAGGGACCCAGCACCUCCACUAUACCAGGUCCUUCAACAGAGCCCCCAUUGGUCGAGUCCAAAGACCGGAAGGCCAACGCCCACCUGAUCCUGAAGCUGAUGUGUGACAGCGUGGUGCUCCGCCCCUACCUCCGGGACCUGCUGUCCGCCAAGGACGCCCGCGGAAUGACCCCCUUCAUGCUGGCAGUCAGCGGGAGGGCCUACCCAGCUGCCAUCACCAUUUUGGAAGCGGCUCAGAAAAUCGCCAAAGGUGAGUCCGGGCUGAGUGAGAAGGAGGACACAGACUCUGUGUUCAUGGAGAUGAUCUGCCCGGCCGGGACCAACCCCGACGACUCGCCCCUCUACGUCCUCUGCUGCAACGACACCUGCAGCUUCACCUGGACGGGGGCGGAGCACAUCAACCAGGACAUCUUCGAGUGCCGGACCUGCGGCUUGCUGGAGUCCCUCUGCUGCUGCACCGAAUGCGCCAGGGUCUGCCACAAGGGACACGACUGCAAGCUUAAGAGAACGUCUCCCACCGCCUACUGUGACUGCUGGGAGAAGUGUAAGUGUAAGACGCUUAUCGCGGGGCAGAAAGCCGCCCGCCUGGAUCUGCUCUACAGACUGCUCACCACUACCAGCCUGGUCACAGCGCCCAACAGCAGGGGGGAGCACAUCCUGCUCUUCUUGGUCCAGACUGUUGCCAGGCAGAGCGUGGAGCACUGCCAGUACCGGCCGCCGAGGAUCCGAGAGGACAGGAACCGCAAGGCUGCUAAUGCCGAAGACUCAGACAUGCCGGACCACGAUCUGGAGCCGCCCCGCUUCGCCCAGCUCGCCCUGGAGCGCGUGCUGCAGGACUGGAACGCCCUCCGCUCCAUGAUCCUCUUUGGCUCCCAGGAGAACAAAGACCCCCUGAGCGCCAGCAGCCGGAUCGGACACCUCCUCCCCGAGGAGCAGGUGCACCUCAACCAGCAGAGCGGCACCAUCCGGCUCGACUGCUUCACCCACUGCCUCAUCGUCAAGUGCGCCCCUGACAUCACGUUCAUCGACACGCUGCUGGGGACGCUGGUGAAGGAGCUGCAGAACAAGUACACGCCGGGCCGGCGGGAGGAGGCGGUGGAGGUCACCAUGCGGUUCCUGCGCUCCGUGGCCCGCGUCUUCGUCAUCCUCAGCGUGGAGAUGGCCUCGUCCAAGAAGAAGAAUAACUUCAUCCCCCAGCCCAUCGGGAAGUGCCGGCGCGUGUUCCAGGCCCUGCUGCCCUACGCCGUGGAGGAGCUGUGCAACGUGGCCGAGUCGCUGAUCGUGCCCGUGCGCAUGGGCGUGGCCCGGCCCACCGCGCCCUUCACGCUGGCCAGCACCAGCAUCGACGCCGUGCAGGGCAGCGAGGAGCUCUUCUCCGUGGAGCCGCUGCCCCCCCGGCCGUCCCCCGACCAGUCCAGCAGCUCCAGCCAAUCGGCGGCCUCCUACAUCAUGCGGAACCCGCAGCCGCGCCGCAGCAGCCAAUCGCAGCCCGUCCGCGGGAGGGACGAGGAGCACGACGAGAUUGUGUCUGCCGACGUCGAGGAGGUGGAGGUGGUGGAGGGCGUGGCCGGGGAGGAGGAUCACCACGACGACCAUGAGGAGCAGGGGGAGGAGAAUGCGGAGGUGGAGGGGCAGCAGGACGAGCAUGACGAGGAUGGAAGCGAUAUGGAACUCGAUCUGCUGGCGGCCGCAGAGACCGAGAGUGACAGUGAGAGUAACCAUAGCAACCAAGACAAUGCCAGUGGCCGGAGGAGCGUUGUCACUGCGGCGACUGCUGGCUCUGAAGCAGGUGCCAGCAGUGUCCCUGCCUUCUUUUCAGAGGACGACUCGCAGUCCAACGACUCGAGCGACUCGGACAGCAGCAGCAGCCAGAGCGACGACGUGGACCAGGAGACCUUCCUGCUGGACGAGCCGCUGGAGAGGGCGUCGGGCGCCUCGCACGCCAACAGCGCCGCCCAGGCGCCGCGCUCCAUGCAGUGGGCCGUGCGCAGCACCCCCAGCCACAGGGCCUCCGGGGGCGCCCCCUCCAGCUCCUCCACCCCCGCAGCGAGCUCCACGGGCCUGAUCUACAUCGACCCGUCCAACCUGCGGCGGAGCGGCGCUAUCAGCACCAGCGCCGCCGCCGCCGCCGCCGCCCUGGAGGCCAGCAACUCCAGCAGCUACCUGACCUCCGCCAGCAGCCUGGCCCGCGCCUACAGCAUCGUCAUCCGCCAGAUCUCCGACCUCAUGAGCCUCAUCCCCAAAUACACGCACCUGGUGUACUCCCAGUACCCCGCCGCCGUCAAGCUCACCUACCAGGACGCCGUCAGCCUGCAGAACUACGUGGAGGAGAAGCUGAUCUCCACCUGGAACUGGAUGGUCUCCAUCAUGGACUCCACGGAGGCGCAGCUGCGCUACGGCUCGGCGCUGUCCUCGGCGGGCGACCCGGGUCACCCCAGCCACCCGCUGCACGCCUCGCAGCACUCGGGCCGGCGGGACCGCAUGACCGCCCGCGAGGAGGCCAGCCUCCGGACGCUGGAGGGGCGAAGGCGUGCCGCCACCCUGCUCAGCACCCGCCAGGGGAUGAUGUCGGCACGGGGGGACUUCCUGAACUACGCCCUCUCCCUGAUGCGCUCCCACAACGACGAGCACUCGGACGUGCUGCCCGUGCUGGACGUGUGCUCGCUCAAGCACGUGGCCUACGUCUUCCAGGCCCUCAUCUACUGGAUCAAGGCCAUGAACCAGCAGACCACGCUGGACACGCCCCAGAUGGACAGGAAGAGGACCUGUGAGAUUCUGGAGGUGGGUCUGGACAAUGAGGACUCGGAGCAUGAGAACGAUGAGGACACCAAUCAGAGCUCCACCCUCCACGAUAAGGAAGAGGACGCGGUGCCCGCGGAAACGGGCCACAGCCACCCCUUCUUCCGCCGCUCCGACUCCAUGACCUUCCUGGGCUGCAUCCCCCCGAACCCCUUCGAGGUGCCCCUGGCCGAGGCCAUCCCGCUGGCCGACCAGCCCCACCUGCUACAGCCCAACGCGAGGAAGGAGGAUCUGUUCGGACGGCCGAGUCAGGGCCUCUACUCGUCCUCAUUCAGCGCAAGCAAAGUCCUCACAGAGCCCACGCUGGACAGGAACUGUCUGGAGGUCUUGCCGACGAAGAUGUCGUACUCGGCGAAUAUGAAGAACGUGAUGAACAUGCAGGCCCGGCAGAAGGCCGGGGAGGAGCAGACCCCGAUGGAGGAGGAGCCGGAGGUCCCCAAGCCCGGCCCCUCCGCCCACGACCUGGCGGCCCAGCUCAAGAGCAGCCUGCUGGCCGAGAUCGGGCUGACGGAGAGCGAGGGCCCGCCCCUCACCUCUUUCAGGCCGCACUGCAGUUUCAUGGGCAUGGUGAUCUCCCACGACAUGCUGCUGGGCCGCUGGCGGCUCUCCCUGGAGCUCUUCGGCCGGGUGUUCAUGGAGGACGUGGGGGCCGAGCCGGGAUCGAUCCUGACGGAGCUGGGCGGCUUCGAGGUGAAGGAGUCCAAGUUCCGGCGGGAGAUGGAGAAGCUGCGGAACCAGCAGUCGCGGGACCUGGCGCUGGAGGUGGACCGCGACCGCGAGCAGCUCAUCCAGCAGACCAUGCGGCAGCUCAACACGCACUUCGGCCGCCGCUGCACCACCACGCCCAUGGCCGUGCACCGCGUCAAGGUCACCUUCAAGGACGAGCCGGGCGAGGGCAGCGGCGUGGCGCGCAGCUUCUACACCGCCAUCGCCCAGGCCUUCCUCUCCAGCGAGAAGCUGCCCAACCUGGACUGCGUGCAGAACGCCAACAAGGGCAUGCAGGCCAGCAACCUGAUGCAGCGGCUGAGGAACAGGGACCGGGAGAGAGAGAGGAGGAGCGGCGGGCUGCGGGCGGGAUCCCGCAGAGACAGGGACAGGGACUCGAGGAGACAGCUCUCCGUCGACACCCGGCCUUUCAGGCCGGCGUCCGAUGGGAACCCCAGCGACGAGUCCGACCCCCUUCCAGCGCACAGACAGGCCCUGGGGGAGAGGCUGUACCCCCGAGUGCACGCCAUGCAGCCGGCCUUUGCCAGUAAGAUCACGGGGAUGCUGCUGGAGCUGUCCCCGGCCCAGCUGCUGCUGCUCCUGGCCAGCGAGGACUCUCUGAGGGCCCGGGUGGAGGAGGCCAUGGAGCUCAUCAUCGCGCACGGAAGGGAGAACGGCGCCGACAGCAUAUUGGACCUCGGCUUGCUGGACACCUCCGAUAAGGCACAGCAGCAGGAGACCCGCAAGCGGCACGGCUCCAGCCGCAGCGUGGUGGACAUGGAGCUGGACGACCCCGACGACGGAGACGACAACGCCCCCCUCUUCUACCAGCCCGGAAAGAGGGGCUUCUACUCGCCCCGCCCCGGCAAGAACACAGAGGCCCGGCUCAACUGCUUCCGAAACAUCGGCAGAAUACUGGGUCUGUGCCUGCUGCAGAACGAACUCUGCCCCAUCACCUUGAACAGACAUGUCAUCAAGGUUUUGCUUGGGAGAAAGGUGAACUGGCACGACUUUGCGUUCUUCGACCCGGUGAUGUACGAGAGCUUGCGGCAGCUCAUCCGCCACGCCCAGACGGGAGAGGCAGAGGCGGUCUUCGCCGAGAUGGAGCUGGCCUUCGCCAUCGACCUCUGCAAAGAGGAAGGGGCUGGCCAGGUGGAGCUGUUGUCUGGUGGCGUGAAUAUGCCUGUGACCCAUCUGAAUGUGUACGAAUACGUGAGGAAGUACGCAGAGCACCGGAUGCUGGUGGUGGCUGAGCAGCCUCUUCAUGCCAUGAGGAAGGGACUCCUGGACGUGAUUCCCAAAAACGCCCUGGAGGACCUGACGGCAGAGGACUUCCGGCUCCUGGUGAACGGCUGUGGGGAGGUCAACGUGCAAAUGCUCAUCAGCUUCACCUCCUUUAACGACGAGUCAGGAGAGAAUGCGGAGAAGCUGCAGCAAUUCAAACGCUGGUUCUGGUCCAUCGUUGAGAAAAUGAGCAUGACGGAGAGGCAAGAUCUGGUCUACUUCUGGACGUCCAGCCCAUCUCUACCAGCCAGCGAAGAGGGCUUCCAGCCCAUGCCCUCCAUCACCAUCCGGCCCCCGGACGACCAGCACCUGCCCACCGCCAACACCUGCAUCUCCCGCCUCUACGUGCCGCUCUACUCCUCCAAGCAGAUCCUCAAACAGAAACUCUUACUAGCCAUCAAGACCAAGAACUUUGGUUUCGUGUAGAGGACGAUGAACAACGCAAGGGCGUUUACUGUUGUGUAAUAUUGCUAGGUCCGUUUUUUUGUAGCAAUUUUUUUUUAUUUUGUCUAUACUAUUUUAAACAGAUUCAAAAUGAGUGCUGUCACAUCCCUGGCGGUAAAUCUUGUUUUAUUUUUGUUUUGUGUUUUCAUUGUUUCCGAAGAAAUCCACAUUCCUGUAUUGGGUUUGUACUGUUUAAGAGCCCACGGCUCGGUUCAGCUCUUGAUGGCGACUUCCAUUGAAUUU